AUGGAUGCAACUAAAAAGUUUGCUAUCGUGUUCGGAAUUAAUAUAAUAAUUCUGGUGAAAUUUGAUGUGAAUGGAUACGAGGGCGCGAAUUGCCAACCGUCCUCUAAGGGAUACCAAGAUCUAUUUGACAUAUCUGUUUACAGAUGGAUAGACUUUACUUUAUUUUUCGGCGCGCCGUUCCCGCUGCUACUAAUUGGCAACGUCACCAUCGUAGUGCAGCUCGCGCGCUCCCGUUCAAGACGUCAGCGGAUGAAUAUUUCCGGUCAGGCGAGCGUCACGCGUUCAUUGUUCAUUUUAAUGACUGCCCUGUGCGUUCUUUUCCUCGUCACGGUUACACCGGUGUCAGUCGGUAUGGUGUACCUCCCCUACCAGAGGGAGAAGAACUUUGCGCUCGCGUCAGUUGAUCCAGACACGGCCUUGUACGAUGCCCAGUACUUUAAGUUCUUUUACUCUGUUGCAUAUCUAGUCAGCUUCUUCAACUCCACCUUCAACUUUGCUAUCUACGUAUUCAGUGGCUCGAAGUUCCGCGCAGAACUGAUGAGCAUGCUUUGCUGUAAGGCAAAUUAA